AUGAGCCCCGCGCGCACGCGGCUUGUUGCUACUGCGCUGUCGCACGUCGUCGCUCUCUCGCUGCUGCCCGUUCUCGCAUGCCUCGCUGAUGCCACGCCCGCGGAGGCCGAUGGGCGGGGGUCGUGCGCCAUCGUCCCUGAAUGCACGUCGCCCGCCGCUCAUGGGGGCGGGAGCGCGUCGUUCGAGGACACUGAUGCGCCGACUCAGUCCCGCCACGCGAUCUCGUCCCCUUCCUCCCUUACCCCGCCUCUGACCUCCGCUCCCCACGGAACCGCCUUUCCCCCCUCGGCGCGCGCGUCCGCCUCCCCCUGUCCCGCGCAUCCCCUGCUCGGCCCGUCCGCCUCGCUCUACGACGUUCUGGCGCUCGCGCGCACCGCGUCAUGGGAGGACGUCCAAUCCGCGCACGACACGUGUCUUGCGAGCUGGUGGCGCGCCUCAGCAACAGAGGCGGCGCAAGUCAGUCGGCAGCGCGCCGUGCAGGUGGGGGGCAGCAAACGCGGCGCGUGGUUCCUGCAGCACGCGUACUUCGUUCUGCACUCACUCUAUUUCCCCCUGUCGCGCAUCCACCCUUUCCUCCCCCCGCAUUCUCCCUCUUUAUCCUCGGUGGUGCAGGUGGAGCAGGCAUACCGCGUGCUGUCCAGCCCCAGGCUGCGCCGCCUGUACGACCUGCUGGGGGAGGAUGACGUGGCGCAUGCUGCUUAUGAUGUGGCAGUCACGAGCGGUGGUGGCGGUGGAGGGCGGGCAGGAGAGACGUGCGCACAAUCCGACAUGGGCGUGGGAGUGGGCAUGGACUGGGAGUGCUGCGAGUGGCUGGCUGCUCACAGCAACCACAGUGGGAGCAGCACGGAGGGCAACAAGCGUAGUGGCAGCGACAGCAUGGCGGAGCAGGGGCAGAGCAGGGCAUCACACUGUGCCAGUCACCCCCACCACCAGUCCCUGCCUGGAAUUUGCUGUUCCCCCUCCGCUGCGCACCGCCUGCCUCACUCGCUUCCCCUCGCCACCGCCUGUGCUGUCCGCCUCUUCUCCUCCCUGCUGCAGCCCUCCCCUCACGCGCCUCACCUACCCCCAUCACCUCCACCCCUGCCCGACUCACACGUGUGGCUGCAGCAGUCCACGCCCAUCACAGUGGGCAACAUAGCAGACGCAGUCUUCGGCAGCCCACACCCCUGGCUGCUGCUGCUGCUCUCCCUCUCCUCCCCGCGCUCCCUCGCACUGCUGCCCGCAUGGUCCGCCCUGGGAGCGCAGCUCAAGGGCAUUGCACGCCUGGGCCACGUGGACGCGGGGCACGACACACUCGUUGCCCUGCGCCUCGCCCCGCGCACCUGCCUGCCCGCACACACGCGCUUCCCUGCAGGGCUGCCUGUCGUGCUGGGCCGUCCCAUCGGGUGCCGCCACGUGGACUGCCUGCUGCGCCUCUCCACGCGCUCGCCCCGUGCCCCAUGGCUGCCACGGCUCACACGGAAGGUGCACGAGGAUGAGGAGGAGGACGGGGAGGAGGAGGGUGACGAGAGAGGGGACGAGUGGGGAGGCAAGUUGUUAUCAGGCCACGCGUGGGGCAUCAAAGGCAAGGCGGAUGGUGGGGGCAGUGGGGGCAAGGCGGGUGGGGCGGGUGCAUGGCCUGCAGACCCCAUGACUCGCCUCCGCGAGUUCCUAGUGGCAAGGGGGGAGGUGCUGGGGGAUGGGGGGGUACCAGCACACAGCGAACGUGGUGCUGGGCGCAGUGCCGACGCGCCCUCUGCUGCAUCCCCUCCCGCCCCAUCGCCCUCCAUCCCCUCACCGCCGUCUCACGCCAUAGACCCUUCACACCCCCACCGCAUAGACACUUCAAACUCGCUGUUCUCCCUCCUGCACCUCGCCCCCUCGUCCCCCUACCACCAUCUCAGAGCCCCCCCUCCGCCGCUGCCCUCCCUGCGCCAGCUGCGCCGCUUCGCCUUCCUCUCCCUGCUGCGCGUACCACCCAUCCCCGUCGUGCCCUUACAGCACCUGCCCAUGCGCUUCUUCCGCACCGCCCCCGACCGCACUGUGCGCUUCGUGCUGCUGCUGCCACGCGCACACCGCCACGCAUCGCUGGAGGCGCGCUACUGGGCGGGCAGGAGCGCAGGGCGCGUGGCAUGGGUGGCGGUGCCGUGGGAAGAGAGCGAUGCAGCGGCGUGGCAGCGGUGGUGGCGUGUGCAACAGCCGCCCGCGCUGGGCAUCUACCGUGACCCGGGUGUGGUGCCACUGGUGCUGCCCGGCCCACUCAACUCCACCGUGCUGCGCCAUGCCCUGCUCCACCAUUCCUCCUUCCUCCUCCCCCGCCUCUCCGCCUCCUCCGCUGCCCGCCUCGCCUGUGACCCCUCCGCCCCCUCGCUCCCUCCGCCCUACUUCCUCUCUCCACUGCUCGCCCCUCCACCCCACAGGCGGGGAGGAAAGCACGGUGGUGGUGUUGCCCGAGCUGCCUUCCUGGAAAUACAGCACGCCAUAGCCACUGCCGCUGCCGCUGCCAAUGUUGAUGGAGGAGAUGAGUGUGGUGAGGAUGGUGCUGCUGCUUGUCAUGUGGAUGGUGGCGUUGAUGCUGCAAGCCAUGGCAGGGAUGCUGUGCACGCGGAGGUGGUGAUAGGUGAUGCGGCAAGGUAUGGUACCGGUUUGGAUGAGGAGGGUGAGGAGUAUGGUGAUGGGGAUGGGGAUGGGGAUGGGGAUGGGGAUGGGGAUGGGGAUGGGGAUGGGGAUGGGGAUGGGGAUGGGGAUGGGGAUGGGGAUGGGGAUGGGGAUGGGGAUGGGGAUGACUGGGAUGACGAGGAGAGUGACGGUGGAUGGCAGCAAUGCCACGGGUGUGAUGCAGUGGAUCAAGCAGUGCGUGCACACCAGUGA